ACUUCCGUCGCCGCGAUAUUUUCUUUCCGGUGGUUGGCCGCCUGCUCCUCAUCCACCCGGGCCCUGCGCCCUCCGCCCUGCGGCCCAAGCCGCCGGGCCGCUGCCGCCAUGAAGAAGUUCUUCCAGGAAAUCAAGGCUGACAUCAAGUUCAAGAGCGCGGGGCCCGGCCAGAAGCUUACGGAUUCCGCAGGGGAGAAGACCACCAAAGGAAAGUCACCACAGCUGGCCCUCCGGCAGCCCCGUCAGGGCCCCACUGAUGAGGCACAGAUGGCUGCCGCUGCUGCCCUGGCCCGGCUGGAACAGAAACAGCCCCGAGCCCGGGGCCCUACAUCUCAGGACUCCAUCCGGAACCAGGUGAGGAAGGAACUUCAGGCCGAAGCCACCUCCAGCAACAAUCCAGGAGCUCCUGGGACCAACUCGGUACCUGAGCCCAAGGAGGAAAUCUCUCCCCAUUUGGCAGUGCCUGGUGUGUUCUUCAUCUGUCCGCUCACAGGUGUCACCCUGAGGAGGGACCAGCGGGAUGCCCACAUCAAGCAGGCCAUCCUGUCGCACUUUUCCACAGACCCCGUGGCUGCCUCCAUCAUGAAGAUACAUACAUUCAAUAGAGACCGGGACCGAGUGAAGCUGGGUGUGGAUACUAUCGCCAAAUACCUGGACAACAUCCAUUUACACCCAGAGGAAGAAAAAUACCAGAAAAUCAAACUGCAGAACAAGGUGUUCCAGGAGCGCAUCAACUGUCUCGAGGGAAGCCACGAGUUCUUUGAAGCCAUUGGCUUCAAGAAGGUCACCCUACCUGUGCCGGAUCAGGAGGGCCAGGAGGAGUUCUACGUUCUGGGUGAGGAUGCACGGGCGCAGCCGCAGAACCUGGCGCGGCACAAGCAGCAGCUGUUGGAUGCCGAGCCUGUGCGGGCCACUCUGGAUCGGCAGCUCCGAGUCUUCCGCCCCUCGGCUCUGGCCUCACAUUUUGAACUCCCCUCAGAUUUCUUCAGCCUUACAGCUGAGGAGGUGAAGCGGGAGCAAAGGCUCAGGACAGAGGCGGUGGAGCGACUGAGCUCACUCAGGACCAAAGCCAUGCGGGAGAAAGAGGAGCAGCGGGAGCUUCGCAAGUAUACCUAUGCCCUUGUGCGCGUGCGCCUGCCAGAUGGCUGUCUACUGCAAGGGACCUUCUAUGCCCGGGAGAAGCUAUCCGCGCUCUUCCGAUUUGUGCGCGAGGCGCUACAGAACGACUGGCUGCCCUUUGAGCUGAGGGCCUCCGGUGGACAGAAGCUGGAGGAGAACGAGGCCCUGGCCUUGAAUGAGUGUGGGCUGGUACCCUCUGCCCUGUUGACCUUCUCCUGGGAUGCUUCAGUGUUGGAAGAUAUAAGGGCAGCAGGAGCUGAGCCAGCAAAAUCUGUCUUGAGGCCUGAGCUGCUUGCAGCCAUCGAGCAACUCUCCUGAAUAAAUGCAGGCUUGGCCCACUGUGGCUCCAGUCUCAUGCUGUUCCCAAACCCAUUCCUUUCCCUGAGUCCCCAGCAAUAGGAAGGACAGUAGUAGCAGUAGAGUUGGAGACAAGGUCCUACCUCCUCUGUGGGCUGCAAGGGACAGGCUUGUCCUGGCUUGCGGUGUGUGGAGCCUUAGCCCUCUGGUGCCAUCUUGGAGUGCAGCACAGGUGGAAUGCACACAGGCUGUGGAUGGAGACAGCUGGCAGCAUGGAGCUGUAAUUCCUAAGUUAUAAACCCCAAAUAAACAGGCUAUUUAAACUCAGCCUCCCAGUGUUUCAUCAGAGCCAUAGCACCAUGGCCGUUGAAGGGCUGGCAGUAUGAAUCUGUCCUAUAAGUCAACCAACCAACUGUAGCUUUAGUAUCAUUCUGAGGUCCCUGGGUGUUUCUUUUCUACCAGCACCCUAGCAGGCUUGGACUGUGCCCAGGACAAGUGGAAGGACAUGCACCAGUGUAAUAUGAUAGUUGAGACAGAAGACAGAGGGCUCAAGUAGAGUAUGUUUAUACAUGUCCACAUUUGCCCAGGGCCUGCACAGCAGCCACAUCAUCCCUAGCACAAUUCAUAGCAGAUGUUUGCCCACAGCAAGUGCUGUGAUUAAGGCCCAAGCAGGCAUCUGUCAAUUAAGAAGGGCAGAUUAGCACACGGACCCAGAGUCUUUACAAUUUGGAAGUAGCUGUCCAGGCCUCCCCCAGACUCCAGACCUAGGAAUGUAGGACAAAGUGCUCUUUAUCAUGAGAGUCAGCAGGAGGCUCACUCUGGUGGUUGCUAGUCAGAUGCUGCAGGGAGCAGGCUGUUGCUGGUCUCCAUUCCCAUCUCCCUCAGCAGCUCUACAAGGCUGAGGGGAAGCACAGCCUCCACUGCCCAGAACAUGCCUACUACCAACCUUGCACUUCAGGUGCCUACACUCCACUACUCCCUGUCACCUAGGUCAAUUUCCCCCAGGUCUUUCAACUUGACACCUGUCACUUGCAAAGUGUGGGAGCAGGUAUGGGAGCUUCUGACACGUCACUCCCAACAUCUGGCACAUCUAUGAUCAUACAGUCUGUGUCAUCCUCUUCAUCCUCUUCUGUGUCUGCCUGGAAGCCAUCCAUGUCCCCAGACCCAACCUGUGCAAAAUACAGCCUGUCAGCAUGUUGACCAUGUACCACCACCCCCAACAUACUGUACUGGACAGUAAUUCCUGGUGAAACUGUCUACACUGGGACCUAUUGCUGCAAACCCAGUGCUAAGAUGAGCUAUGUUCCAAUCUCAAAAUUGCCAGCGGCAGUACCCCACAGCAACCUGAAUGGCUUCUGGACUUUAGAUUCAGAUAACCAACUGAACAUGCACUUUCUUGGUCUGUCUUUCUUUUUUUGUUUGUUUAUUUUUUCAAGACAGGGUUUCUCUGGCAUAGUCCUGGCUGUCCUGGAACUCAGAAGUCUGCCUGCCUCUGCCUCCCAAGUGCUGGGAUUAAAGGUGUGUGCCACCA